AUGCGUUCUAUCAUGACCCUUCUUGCCCUCGUCAGUACCGCUCUGGCAGUUGCUCUACCGGAGCCUCAGAAGUGCAACCCAAGCUUCAACUGCUGCACAUACUCAGAGACACCUUGCAACACCCGAGGCGAUUCUUGUACAACGCUUUGCAAUGUAAGUCUAGAGAGUUUCCAUCUCGCAAAUAAUUCACAUUUUUGUGGCACAGGACUGACGUUCGUGGCUUUACAGGACAGAAAAGACAACGGUCACUGCAAUGACUUAGGAGCUGGUUAUCUUAGCUGUGACACCGCUUGGAAAUGA